AUGAAUGUGGCAACAAAGUUGAGGAAAAAACAUCUCCAAUGGGUGAAUGAAAAGAUGAGUGUGGCAGAAGCAUUGGACUUUUUGAACAAAGAUCUGGCUAUGGCUGACUUCAAGGAUUCAGAAUCUACAGCAUAUUUUGGUAGAACAGUAAACAAUUUAUUUGAUGUUUUUAAUUCAAGGAAUAGGAUGUCAAAAAAACCUUAUGAGAAACCAUUGUCACCUGCUACUGAACCAUAUUUCAAUUUCUUAGAAGAAGCGAAGGAUUAUUUGAAAUCGCUAAAAUUAGGAGACACUAGAGUUAUACUUUCUAGAAGAAAAUUAGGAUUUUUGGGAUUCAUAAUUUCAAUAAACAGUUUAAAGGGCCUGUAUGAAUAUAGAGUCAAAGAAACCAAAGAGCUGAAGUACCUUCUCACAUAUAAGUUAUCUCAAGAUCAUUUGGAAAUUUUCUGCAGUUGUAUAAGAAGCAAAGGAGGAUACAGCAAUAAUCCUACCUCGAAGCAGUUUCAGAAUAUUUUAAAAAAAUUAUUACCUCAUACUGAAAUAAGUGGCAAUGAAGCAUCCAAUGUCGUGGCAUUAGAUAGCACAUCCAUUUUGCACUGUUCAUCAUCAUCUUUUGAGAUCAAAAUUAGUGAGGAUAUGACCUCAUCAUCAAACAGUAUAGAGGAUGAUGACGAUUUUAUACAAUUUAAAAACUUUCUUCGAAGUCCUUGGCAGCUUACACUGUAUCUGGAAGAUGUUGUUGCAUAUGUUGCAGGUUUUGUUGUGAAGAGGCUAAAAAAGUCUAUAAAAUGCCAGAGUUGUUUAGAUUUGUUAGAAACUUCAGGAGAGUCUAUAUCGAAAUUACAAAUAAGAAAAACGUAUGGAAAAUUAGUUAAAGCCUCCGCUUUUGUAAUAAAUGUGUGUAAAUAUGCAGAACAUUGCUUUAGGUUAUAUAAGGAAAGGUUAGAAGUUGGCAAAAAAAAUAUGACGAGAGCUUCACAAAUAUUAACAAAUUAUACAUUGCAAAAUUUACCUCUUGGAUUCGGAAAUGUGUUUAAUGACCAUGUAUUCGAAGAUGAACCUUUAAGUAAUCAUUUUCCAUUGCUCUAUAAACAAGUUUUAGAACAAUAUUUUACCAUUAAGUUGUACCAUUAUACCUCUAACUUGAAUGCCCCUUCAAAACGUGUACGAUCAUUACUCACAAAAAGUAUAUUAUUUCAAAAUCAAUAAUACCUGAUAAUUACAAAAAAAUAAAAAGCAAAAUUAUAAAAUGAAUUAUAAAUAAUGACUUAGGGAGAGUGACAAGUCCAAAGGAAUUGUUUUACUGAAAAAUGCACUAAACCAAAUAAAAUAAACCUCCAAACAUGGAUUGACUACUAUAAAAUAAUGUAUAAUCCUACCCCCAAUGUUGACUUUAGCUUUUCACAUGUUUUACAUCCAUAUCUGGAUCAGCAUAUAUCAAUACAAGAACUUUUUGACGCGCUAAAUGGCUAAAAUGGCUAUCAGAGUCUACAGAGUACGCUAAAUCCCCAAGUAUACCGUUAUGUAUAAAACGAUUUAUAAUCCAACUUAAGCUCCACAAUAAAUGUAGUCUCAAAAUCUUCCUAAACAAUAUUUCAUACAGGGUUGACCAAACAGACUAUUGUACAAUAUGCAAUACUCGAAAGACCGAAUCUUUAGGACAUCUCCUCCUGGAAUGUCCAUUAUACAAUCCAUUGAGAGCGCAUAUUCUGUCAGAUCGUUUGAACCAAAUCUGUGUCUUUGCUUGCCUAAAUAAAACGAAGGAGAUGAAUUUAUGAUACAAACUUUUUAAAUACUUUAGGGAACUAUUUAAGCUAAGAUCUUUCUUAAGGAAUGAAUAGUUUUUUUGUGCCUUCAAUAUCAAGACAGAAUAUUUAAAUUGAUGCGUC